AUUCGCACUCCAACUGCAACAACGAUUGUAGCAGCCACAGCGCAGACGCGCCGACCCGUACUGAGCGUACGUCGGCGAAAAAUCAAUACACCGACGCUCGCUACAUCAGGUAUAGCCUACCAGACGGCUACGACGAAGAUCCAAUCGUCAGCAGCAGCUAUAAUAACAACAGCAAACACGUACCCCACGAAAAGUGAUGAGCUGCUUGGGACAACAACGGAAUUACCAACGACCUUUAAUAAACAGCCACAACAAUAUCGCAAUCGUAUUAAACUGGUAACACCAGCUGCAACAACAACAUCAACAACCUACCUAUCAGCACCUACAACGACCACAUCAGUAACAGUAGCUGUAGCAGCUCUUACUCUAAACAGUGAUGCUGCCAAUGGCACAGGCAAUCAGAAAAAUUACCUUAACACAAAGUACAGAGCAAAGCUGUCUGCAACCACUUUGUCAACGGGCGCAUCACCAACGACGCUAGUGACAGUGACACCAGCUGCCAAAGGAGCAGCAACCGCAACAGCAGCAACUACAUUAGCUAUCAAUGACAUCAUACAACAUAAUAACGCCAACACUAACACCAAACAAGCGUCGACAGUUUUGCGACGAAAAUUCCAAGCACGCCGUCUUAUAACAACAACAACUGCUAGUCCCACAGACGACAGUGCCACCGAACAGCCUCGCACCCAGAACCCACUUUUUAAGCGCCGCUUUUCGCUCGCCGCCAAUCCCACUGUCACUGAUGGCACAGUCAUUUCUACCAGCACAAUUUCUUCAUCUGAUCCACUCACCACAACACUCUUUGUGGAUGGAUUUGAAGUCGACGAUGUCGGUGAUCAAGUGGCCAAAUCGAGCAUCCAUACAAACCAUUUCAAUCAGUUUGUACAAAACACCGACGACAAUGAAGAACAGGUGCCUAGACGUGAGCUGACGAGCGGCAUCAAGGCAUCACCUUUGAAGUCAUCGCAUACAACCAAGUCGAAUUCACCUGUUGAACCAAACCACACUUAUGUGGAGUCCAUCACACGACGCAUGGGCACUGUUGCCGCUACCACUGAAUUUACUGCGCCAAAACGAAAGUCCGUCGGUGUCAAGCGAAGGCCACAAAAGUACACGCCCAGUACACCACAAACGCCGCCAGAAGUAAAGGUAUCGCAGCGAGGACAGGCAGUGAAAGAUGGAUUCGUCAAUCGUAGACGGCCCAACAAGUAUGCAGCCGCAGACACUUACGACAGGUUAAACGGCAAUCAGCCGGCAAAAACGCCAAGCCGCAGCAGCCAAAGACAGGUGGUCGACUACGACUACUAUGACGAUGAGAACGAGCGCGUCGUGGGAAAUACGAAAGGGCAACAGUUAAAGGUGAUUUUACAUGGACGUGGCAUAAUCGAGUGUCUGGAUCAAGGUAAUUUCCCGCAUCCACUCUCUUGUCGGAAAUUCAUUUCCUGUGCCAAGUUCGAGACUGGCGGUGUUGUCGGUUGGGAGUACACUUGUCCGAAGGGGCUGAGCUACGAUCCAGUGGGUGGUAUGUGCAACUGGGCGGCUGGUCUCGGUUGUAAGGAGUAGUAGGCGGCUAAGUAAUAUUAAAAUCAACAUGUAUAUGUAUGUACACAUACAUAUGUAUGUGAAUGUUAUUUUAUAUACAUAUGAACACCAGAAAAAAAUGCAAAUAUGCAACCGGCGAUUAAAUGCAAUACAAAUACUCAUUCAAAAAUAUCUUAAUUGGAGAGUGGCUUUCCUGACAAAACUCGUCCUCAUUUCAUUUACCAAAACUGUUUUUCUAUGAAUUUGUGAAGAUAUUUUUAUAGUUUUAAUACAUUUUUGUGAUUAUUGUUUCGUUUUCCUUAGUAGUUUAAGAAUAACUUUAAGCUUAAGAUAAAAUUGUUUGUACGUAUUUAGUUAAAUGUUGACAAUUUAUUGUAAACAAAUUAUUAAGUAGAAUUUUGUUUUUGAUUUUAUUUUAACUCACAACGAAUAUUCUCACUUCUCUUUGAUUUUAUUCUAACUAUACAUACA